AGAAAGAUUGCCAUUCCCCCCUUGUAUAUCUCUCGCCCUCUCUCUCUCUCUCUCGAUAUUUUUUGCUUCCGAUUUUCUACACCAAAACAUCUCCCUAUCUGAAAGUGUUGGUUGGUCUCUGUGAACUCUCCGACAGCUAAAUUUCAUGUCUGAUUUUGAAGUCCAUAUCCCUGGCUCCUUUGAUCCUUUUGCUGAGGCAAAAGCCGAGAACUCGGGUGCAGGAUCAAAAGAAUAUGUGCAUAUUCGGGUCCAGCAGCGGAAUGGUAGGAAAAGCCUGACAACUGUCCAGGGUUUGAAGAAGGAGUUCAGCUAUAACAAAAUUCUCAAAGAUCUGAAGAAGGAAUUUUGCUGCAAUGGUACAGUGGUACAGGACCCUGAGCUAGGACAGGUUAUACAACUCCAAGGUGAUCAGAGGAAGAAUGUCUCGACGUUCCUUGUUCAGGCAACCAUUGUGAAAAAAGAACAAAUCAAGAUUCAUGGUUUCUGAGAAGUUGCAGCAGCAGCCACCACUGAGACUCAACUCCCUAUGUUUGCUGCUGCUUAGUCUGCUUUGACUAACAACCUUUGUCUAUUCAUAAACUGAUAGUUAUUUCUUCUUCUUCUUCUUCUUCUUCUGGUGUGUGUGUGUCUGGAUGUUGUAUAUUGCCACUCUGCUAUUGUAUAGAGAGGUUACUGCGCUCUCCAUGCAAAUUCUGCAGCCUCAGAACAUGCUACCACUCUGUCUUCUUUAUACAGCAAGAUUAUGGUUUCACCUUUAUGUAUCCCAUGCCUCCCCAUUUUACUUUUUAGGGUUCAGCUGAUUCACCAAUUUUGUGUUAGUCUGCCUGUAAUAUCAAUACUAAUAUUUUUGGUGUGGCCCAAAUGUAAAGUCCAUUAUCUUUUUCCAAUACUCAACCUUCCUUCUACUAAUAUAGAUUUUGGACAUCUUCAA